AAUAAGGCCGAAAACAAUACACGCCGUCGUAUUUAGUAACAUCUUACUGAUAUAUACAUUUACUUGAGUACGUAUCAAAAUGAGUACGCAUUGUCUCCAUGUGAGUUCUAUUUAUAGAUUAGGGAAAUUCCAAGUAUGCUCCCAAAUACACAUGUGCUGUCAGAUGUACACACAGCCUGUCAGUAUCAAGUAAUACCAGAGUCUGUUCAUGCAGUAACCAGGUUCAAGAUACAUUUUCCAUGCUUAAAAGACCAUUCAGAAAUUCAACACAGAAAACCAAAUAGUAAUGCAAACAGCAAGAAACAAGAUGCUGCUGACAUUGAUACAAAACCUGAAUCCUAUGUUGGAAGUACAGCAGGAAAGAAAACAGAAAAGGGUAAACAUUCUAGUGAAACAAAGCACCUGUUUGAUGAAGAUGGAGACCUAGUUUUAGACAGAAACCCAUGUAAAAGUGAUGAAUUCAGAGAGGUGACUAGUAGAAAGAAGAAAAAGUUAGAUGUGACAGAUGUUACUACUAAAGUAGUAGAAGUAAGUCAGAAUGAGCUAGAAAAUGAAUUUGAUUGUUGUGACAGAGAACAUGAGUCUAGUGUAAAACUAGAUGAAGAUAGCAGCGCUGUCAAUCAAGACUCUCAAUUACCAAUGGUUAAACAUGACACUUGUCAAUGCCGUAGUAGAAAUAAUGAAAGUCCUCAGCAUUUUGUGUCUGAUUGUAAAGAGGAGAGUUCAUUUAUAUCAUCAGAUAAAUCUGUAAGUAGCAACAUGAAAGACUGCGAUAUUUGUGUCAGUAAGAUGCCACCUGAUAAGGGUGAACAGAAUCAAGUUAAUCUGCCAGAUAUCAGUCAGGGAACCAGUGCGGUUGCUGCCAUAGGAACAAGUGAUUUUUCUUCACAAGAAAAGAAAGAUGUUAUGGGAGCCACUGGUUUAACUGAUCAUAAAAACAAUGAUUACAAGGAAUCAACUGAUGUUAGCGAAUCUAGUAAUGUUGGAGAUGAAGCUGAAAAUGACACACCAGAUGACAGACCAGAUAUCUACUUCAUAAACAUUAAGCACAGUUUAGCCACAUAUCUAGAUGAUGUUGGAGAACAGGUAUGGCAUGGUGCUCUGUUGUUGAGUGAUUACAUCAUAAGUGACCAUGGCAAUUUUGAAAACAGGACCAUUGUAGAUCUAGGAGCUGGUGUUGGGCUGUCCAGUAUUGUUGCUGCAAUGUAUGCUAACAUGGUGUUUUGUACAGAUACAGGAGAGAAAGUUUUAUCUCUGGCAGAAGACAACAUCUUAGCUGCAACAACUUGCCCAACUCUUCCUAGAACUCUGUGUGAUGUACAUGUCAGACAGCUAGACUGGUUCAGAGGACUUGAAGAGGAUGUCUGUAAGCAUGGUUUAACUAAAGACAACAUAAGUAGAAUAUGUAAUUGUCACAUCUUAAUUGCUGCUGAUGUGAUAUAUGAUUUUGACAUUACUGAUGCAUUUUUCAAUGUGGUGAGAAAGAUAAUGAUACAUCCCCCGAGAAAGACUCUAUACAUUGGCUUGGAAAAAAGGAUAGUGUUCACUGUGGAGGACUUCACUGCGACCAGUCCAGGUUACAAUUAUUUCCGUCUGCAUCUUGAAGACCUUUGUUCAGGAGAGGAGAAUGAUACAGAGGUUGCCUUUGAAGUAGAGCAGCUUGAUACCAGCUUUCCCCAGUACUUCCAGUACAACAGGAUCAAACAACUGGAACUGUGGAAGAUAACAGCUAAACUCAGAUCAUAGGUGCAGUAUGGCAUGUGGAUCAAAAAAAUCGAAAGGGAGGUCUCUUCUAGUACAAGACUGAACUGCAGUAGCAGCUGAUAAAAACUAAAACAGUGAGUAAGAAGUGGCAUAAAAAUGGCCUGAGCAACAAUCAGCAAUGAAGAUGCACAGGAAAAGACAAAAACAUACUUGUAGUUUAAAAAUUUAAUAUGAGUAAAGAUGAAAUAACCAGAUGAAAUAACAAAAGCAGCAGUGAUUAUAUUGACAUGAGCUAUGGGCAUAUCUGAAAUAGUGCAAAUAAAAUAAUAAAUAUAAGUUAGAUAUGAGAGCAAUUGAAACAACAACAGAAAAUUACAUAGAUGUACAAUAGAACACGUCCAUAACUGCUUGAAUUAUUUUGAAACAGCACACGAAGAAGAGAAACUGCUGUGACAUUAUAAGGAUCUUACAUGCCUGCCUGUGUAAGACGGGGUUUUCCCUACCCGAGGGACAGUGUGGAAUGGAAAACUAGUUAGCGAGGUUUUUUAUCCAUGCUGUCCCGAGGGUAGGGAAAACAGCUGUCUUACACAGGCAGAUCAUUAGAUCAUUUUUCUUGCCUAUCAUGUUCAAAAUAGAUCGUGGAGACAAAUAGGUUUGGGUAUUUCCUGAUAUUAUUUAUAAAGUUUAUGACGUCACAAUGGUACCAGUAAUAUGUGACGUCACCUUAGUGCACGCUAUUUUAGACAAGGUUUUUCCCUAGGGAAAGACAGGAAUAUCUAUCCCCGCCGCGUGUGCAGAUAAAUGUAUACUUUCCCCGCUAGGUAGGCAAGAAUUAUGUGUUCCCCCAAUAUUAAGGAGAGGUAUUGGUUUUGGUUGGAUUUUCCAUCUGUUCUUCAAGGUCCAAUUUUUUUACCUGCUUGAAUUAUCAUCAGAUAACGAUCUUGAUAAUGUCUGCCAUAUUGAUGAAACAUGCAUGAUGCAGAUUUCAGCUGUUUUGGCUUUGGGUCAAGCCACAACACAUGGUUUGGGAGAAGACGGGAGGGGUGCUUAGACACAUAGUUUUGAAGGGAAUGGGGAGGGCUUAGAUGCAGUUUUUUGGGGAAGGGGAGACACAGAACUUGCAACUAUGUUCUUUUAAACAGUGAUAACUUUGUAAAACCAACCUUCCAGUUUUGUGACAGAUUUAUAUCUUCUAUGUAAUGAAUAAACAUGUUUUAUGAAAAUGUAAAUGUUUUAUGUCAUGUUAUUCAAAGACAAUCCUAACAUUGGAUUCAUCAGCUUUGGCGUCCACAUUACAAUUUGGUUAAGCUUUUGUAUGUAAGUUGGUAUCUCAGUA